AUGGCUAAAGGCAAUCACUCAGCAGUAUCUGGAUUCAUCCUCUUCGGACUCACAGACAACCCAGAGCUGCAAGUCAUUCUCUUCGGUGUGUUCCUGGUAGUCUACUUGGUCAGUGUCAUGGGUAAUCUGGGACUGAUUGUACUAAUCCAAGUCAGUCCUCAGCUGCACACGCCCAUGUAUUUCUUCCUCAGCCAUCUCGCUUGUAUUGACUUUUGUUUCACCUCCUCUGUCACCCCAAAUAUGCUCAUAAAUUUUUGGCAGGAAAUCAAAAGCAUAGCAUUCUAUGCAUGUGCAGUUCAGUUGUGCUGUUUUGUCAUGUUUGUAGUUUCUGAACUGUACUUGCUCUCCAUCAUGGCCUACGACCGCUAUGUCUCCAUCUGCAAUCCCCUACUCUAUGUCAUUUUCAUGCCUAGGAAGCUCUGCAUUCAAAUGAUCGCCAGCACAUACGUUUAUGGGUUCUCUGUGGGCCUCAUCCAAGCAGUGUCAACAUUCCAGCUGUCUUUCUGUGGCUCCAACGUGGUCAACCACUUCUACUGCGACGAUGUUCCCUUAGUUGCUCUGGACUGUUCAGACACUCACAUCAAAGAGCUGCUGUUGUUAAUCAUCCCAGGCUUCAAUACCCUUUGCUCACUAGUAAUUGUGGUCAUUUCUUAUGCCUUCAUCCUCGCUGCCAUCCUGAGAAUUCAGUCUGCUGAAGGAAGACAGAAAGCGUUUUCUGCCUGUGCCUCUCACCUGACAUCCAUCACAAUAUUUUAUGGGACAGUUAUUUUUAUGUACCUGCAGCCGAAGUCCAGCCAUUCUCUGCAUACAGAUAAAUUUGCCUCGGUGUUUUACGUAGUAGUGAUUCCCACGCUAAACCCACUAAUCUAUAGCUUAAGGAAUCAAGAGGUUAAAAAUGCCCUGAAGAAAAUUGCAGAAAAGUUGUGCUUGGCUAUCAAAUCAUGA